AUGGGGGCCAAAAUCACCGCAAUGAGGAAACUUAGCGCAAGCAGGAUCAGACCGAACCUGAACGAAGGGGCAGCUGAGAGAGAGGGAGGGGGAGCCAGAUGCGCGGGCCUCUACAUGGAGAAUGAAAGGCCAGGACGGAGGAAGGCGGUUGAGAAGUAUUGCGUUCCUCAGCAGACAAGAUGUCCGCUCGGGAAGUGA